UCGUCCCCUUGACUGCUGUCAGACGCAUAGACACACAAAGGCCCUGCCGACGCCUACUGCAUACCUCACCCUAAUUAUUGAAAACCAUAAACAAUAGUGAGAGGAGGCGAUCGCCUAACAACAGAUGGAAGCGGAUCAGGCUUCCGCGGCGGACCCUCGGAGCGGGUUCUGCCGUGAGACGAAAACCUUCCGCAGCCUCCGCCCUGCCGCCGCCCUUCCGCCGGAGUCCCUGCCCUUGUCGGCCGCCGGAUUCGCCUUCUCCCUCCUCCCUUCUCCUCUCCCGUCCAACCCCGCGCUGGUCGACGCCGCCACCGGCGCCGCCCUCUCCUUCUCGGAGCUCCUCUCGCGUACCCGGUCCCUGGCCGCCGCCCUCCGCUCCGCCUCCGUCGGCCUCUCCCCGGGCGCCGUCGCCUUCGUCCUCGCCCCGCCCUCCUUCGACGUCCCCGUUCUCUACUUGGCGCUCCUCUCCGUCGGCGCCGUCGUCUCCCCCGCCAACCCCCUCUCGACCCCCGCCGAGAUCGCUCACCAAAUUCGCCUCUGCAAGCCCUCCGUUGCGUUCGUCGCCGCCGCCGCCGCCUCCAAGAUCCCCUCCCACGUCCGCACUCUCGUGCUCGACUCGCCUUCGCUCCGAUCCCUCUACACCCGGCCGCCAGAGCAGGAGGAGGGCGAGGAGGUUGUCCGGCAAUCCGACGCGGCGGCGAUCCUCUACAGCUCGGGCACCACGGGGCGGGUCAAGGGCGUCGUCCUGAGCCACCGCAACUUCAUCGCCCUGAUUGCUGGCUACCACGCCGCUCGGACCGCCGCCCUGGCGGAGGCCGCAGCCGUGGAGCCGCCCGCGGUGGCUCUGUUCACGAUCCCUCUGUUCCACGUGUUUGGCUUCUUCAUGCUGCUCCGGGCGGCGGCGUUGGGGGAGACGACGGUCCUGAUGGAGCGAUUCGAGUUCGGGGCGAUGCUGCGGGCAGUGGAGGCCUACCGCGUGACCUUCGUUCCGGCGGCGCCGCCGCUUCUCGUGGCUCUCGCGAAGUCCGAGGUGGCCCUCCGCCACGACCUCUCCUCCCUCCGUGUCAUCGCAGUCGGCGGCGCGCCGCUCGGGCGCGAGGUGGCGGAGCUGUUCGCCGCCCGUUUUCCUGACGUUGAGAUCGUCCAGGGGUAUGGUUUGACGGAGUCAGCGGGCGGUGGGUCGGCAACGAUGGGAGCGGAGGAAUCGCGGAGGUACGGGUCAGUGGGUCGGAUCGUGGCCAACCUGGAGGCGAAGAUAGUGGACCCCACCUCGGGGCAAGUGUUGGGGCCGGGAGAGCAAGGAGAGCUGUGGAUCAGGGGCCCCACGAUUAUGAAAGGUUACAUAUGUGAUGAGCAAGCAACUGCAUCUACCUUGGAUUCUGAAGGCUGGUUGAAGACGGGUGACCUUUGCUACUUCGAUGACGAUGGUUUUCUUUUCAUUGUUGAUAGGUUAAAGGAGUUGAUAAAGUAUAAAGCAUAUCAGGUGCCUCCAGCUGAAUUGGAGCGUAUACUGCAAUCCCAUAAAGAAAUUGCUGAUGCUGCAGUCAUUCCGUAUCCUGAUGAAGAAGCUGGACAAAUACCAAUGGCUUUUAUUGUAAAACAACAAGGUAGCACCCUCACCGCACAGCAAGCCAUGGAUUUUGUUGCGAAACAGGUUGCGCCUUACAAGAAAAUCCGCCGUGUUGCCUUUGUCAAUUCUAUUCCAAAAUCAGCUGCUGGGAAGAUUUUGAGAAGAGAGCUUGUUGACUAUGCACUAUUGAUUCCGUCUUCCAACCUUUGAAUGGUGUCAUUUCAUUGCAGGUGCUUGUCAGCUCCGAAGACAUUCAGGAGAUCGAUCGAAAGCACGAGUUCCAAUGGCCCAGCCUUCAAUGCAGGUCAAAAGAAAAGCAUAUGGUCUCGCUAAAUCUGUUGUGCCGUCAUCAUUAUCAUCACCUGGGGGCAGGGGUUCUACUACAUCCAUGUUAAAGUACAGAUUGUUUCCUCGAUGCCGUCUAAUAAAAAGUAUGUCUCACGUAGCAUGCAUGCUAUCACAAUUUGACACUGCAGUUUGUAAAGACUUGGCAUUCCUUGAAGACGAGGCGAAUUUUGAAACGGUUUUAUGAAAUCCCAAAUGCCUUUUUCCUCGGCAUUCCUUUCGGGUUAUUUGGUUUCUAAGAAAAGUGUGGAAAUAAAAAUUUCAAGAAAAAGCUUUUCAUGACAAAUUGUUUUCUUUCCAGUUUUCUGUCCAUUUAUUUUCAAGGAAAACAAACUUUUGUGGAAUUUUUUUUUUCAUGUUUUAUAGAAAACUAGUGAUUUUGCUGAAAAAACUCUAAAAAGGAAAAUGCUAGUUUUCCACAACAUAUGGGAAAAAAGGUUUUCAAAAUACUUGUUUUCCUUCCAAACAAAUGAGCGAAAAAUUGCAAAAGAAGUUUUCCAUGAAAAUUUUUUUUUUUUUUCCCACACUUUUCGAGGAAUCAAACAACCCCUUAAAUAGAUGAGUGGUGAGAAUUAUAGAGAUCUCAGCGACUUUGAUGAGACUCAGCAUUCGUAUUGCCACUGAGUUAGCUCAAAUGGUAAUGCUCGUUCAACCUGAGAUCUUUACGAUGACUUUUGUAAAGAUGAGGAUUAUUAAGUAACUCGACUCCUUUCCAAUGAAAUAAAAUUUCUCACUUUAGAA